UAGCCAUAUUUGUUGAUGUGUCAUAUCAAAAGGACUUGUUGGGCCGAUUAGCUGCUGUCAAGGCAGAUUAAAGUUCACCUUUUACCCCAAAUUGCCUGUACAUUGAACCGCUCAUGGAUUUGCCACACUUGAUUUGACGAAUAGAAGGCACCAUGGAGCAAGCUGAUCCUGCCUCUGAUUCGCACAUUGCGGAAGGAUCUGACGUAAAGUCGGUGACAGGCCUGCAGCUCCAGAAGUGUACAACUCAAGUGGAAAAUCACACGUCUGACGAUUGCACAGAGGAAUGUGUGCAGACAGAAUGCAUUCCUGUGGACAUCCAAACAGAGGUGGAAGAACAAGAAAGAGAGCGUGAGCUCGCCUGUGAUAACAACGGUGAUGGCAUGACAAGUUCAGCAGAGGAAGAAAGGCCACCUCUAUCAAAUAAAGACUCAUUAUGUGAUGCAUUUGAAAGCUCCCCUUCUGUUCUUGAAGGGACGAUAAAAACGUUGCUGACUUUUGACAAUGAGUUCCCUACGGAGGAGUCACCACCAGAUGUGCUUUCAAAUGGUCACAGGGACGAGCGCGCACCGCAGAGCCACAAUGAAUUGCUUCACGGCACUUCCAAAAACUCCCCCCCAAACUCUGCCACCACAUCCGGCAUUUCUAACGGACCCUCCACUCCUACCUCAGAAACCACCAGCUCCUCGCUCGCCUCCAGCCCACAAAGCGGCACCAACGCAUCAGCCAACCCCUCCGAUUCCUCCUCGAGCCCUUACGACACGGACUGCAGUCGCAAGAUGAUCUCCCAGCUCCAGCGCUCGUUGUCGCAUGAGUCCCUGCUGGACGAGCUGGAGUCUGAGCUCUUGGCCUGUCGGAUGUCGGACGGAGAGCUGGAAUGCAGGAAGAAAGCAAGCCAGCCCGACAAUGGACUCUCUCCGGAGCAGGGCGAGUGCAUGGUAGUGUUUGAGAAGUGUGUCCAGUUCAAGUAUGACCAACAGGAAAAAUCCAUUCAGAGGUUGCUGGAGGAGAACAAGCGGCACCAGGAUCUGAUCCUUGGUAUCUGCUCUGAGAAGGACAACAUGAAGGAGCAGCUGAAAAAGAGGGCUGAGACAGAGAAGCAGCACAUUGGCACCAUCAGAAAAUUGGAGAGCAGGGUGGAGGACCUGCUGAGGGAGCUGAAGGAGACUCGGGACAAACUCAUUCAGCAGGACCAGGCGGCCAAGGCUGGCCUCAUGCAAAUGCAGAAGGAGAUGACCCACCGCCUUGAACAGGCGAACAGGAAAUGUGACGAGGCGCGCCAAGAGAAGGAGACCAUGGUGAUGAAAUAUGUGCGCGGGGAGAAGGAGGCUCUGGACUUGAGACGUGAUAAGGAAGGUUUGGAGAAGAGGCUUAGGGAGGCCACUAAGGAGGUUGACCGCCAGGCCUUGCGGGGGAACCAGCUGGCGCAGGAGAGAGGCCGGCUGCAGCAGCUGUGUGACGCAAAGGAAGGGGAGGUCACCAGGCUGAAUCGCGAGGUGGAAAAAUUAAAGGAGGAAAACAACUCACAUCUUAUCAAAGUCAGAUGGGCCCAGAACAAACUCAAGAGUGAGGCCGACGCCCACAAGGAGUCCAAAGACAAGGUGAGGGAUAUCACGUCCAAACUGGCGCAAGCCAAAGAAGAAACGGAGCAGAUCCGCAAGAACUGCCAAGACAUGAUCCGAACAUACCAGGAGUCCGAAGAGAUCAAGUCAAAUGAGCUGGAUGCUAAACUGAGGGAGACCAAAGGAGAACUGGCAAAACACAAGCAGGAACAAACUGACCAAUUAGAGGUGCAUCGCGUGAAGGCCAAAGAACUGGAGGACCUGAAGAGGAGUUACAAGGAGAGCAUGGAUGAGCUGAACACACUCCGCACGAAGUUAAAGUGUCUGGAGGACGAGCGUCCCCGCUGGGAAGACGAGCUGAGCAAGUACCGGGAGAUCAUCAACAGGCAAAAAGCCGAGAUCGGUCGCCACAAACAGGAGUUGGACAAGAUCGCAGCACUUGAGGAGCAGCAACAACGGGACCAGCAAGAGAUCACGUCUCGCUGCGAGGAGGUCGACGCGCUGAACAGCCAGAUGGCCGACCUCCAGCGCGACGUCCAGGGCAGCCGGGAGCGCGAGGCGGAGCUGCUGGGCUUCACUGAGAAGCUCAGCAGCAAAAACGCACAGCUGCAGUCCGAAAGCAAUGCGCUGCAGGCCCAGCUGGAUCAACUCAGUGGCAGGUUCACCGAGCUCAAGGCCAUGCUGGAAGAGACCGGGAGCAUGCUGGACGACAAGUCGCGGCGGCUCAGGCAGGAAGAGGUGCUGAGGCAGCAGGAUGUGCAGGGCCUGCAGGAGGAGCGGACGGCGCUGCAAGCCGAAGUGAGCCAGCUCAAGACGCGGGUCGACGAGCUAAGUGACGAGCUGGUGUCUCAGAAAAGGAAACAGGUGGCCAACAUCAAAGACCUGACCAAACAACUAAUGCAAGCCCGAAAGCGACUGGAGCAGGUUGAAAACGGAGGCUGCGAGCGGGACGGCGGCAGCAUGGGGAGCCGAUCGAGUUCCUCAGGUGCUUCCUCUGGCUCCCUGAAUGCACGUCACGGAGGUAGCGGCGGGGCCGAGGAGCGCUCGCCAGAGAGCCAGUCGGGCCCCUCGGUGGUGGUCGUGGACAGCUUCCCGCAGGUGGAUAAAGCCGUGCUGGUGGAGCGCAUCGUCCGCCUGCAGAAGGCGCUGGCUCGCAAGCAGGAGAAGAUCGAGUUCAUGGAGGAUCACAUCAAGCAACUGGUGGAGGAGAUCCGGAAAAAGACCAAAAUCAUCCAGAGCUACGUGCUCAGGGAGGAGUCUGGGGCACUUUCGUCGGAGGCGUCGGACAUCAACAAAGCCCACCUGAGCCGGCGUGGCGGCAUCAUGGCGUCGCUGUACACGUCCCACCCGGCCGACAGCGGGCUGACGCUGGACCUCUCGCUGGAGAUCAACAGGAAGCUGCAGGCAGUGCUAGAAGACACGCUGCUGAAGAACAUCACUCUCAAGGAGAACCUUCAGACGUUGGGCGCAGAGAUUGAGAAGCUGAUAAAACAGCAGCGAGACCCUGUGGAUGCAGCAAGGAGGAAGUGACAGUAAAAAGACUAAGUGGACUUGAUGAAGGACUGAUCUUAAAUGUGCCAGUAGCAUCUUCUUCUUCUUCUACUCCUCUUCCUCCACUUACUUGAAUCCUCACAAUCUUUUGAAAAGGGAUAUCUUCUUCUCCAAUGAGCCAUGCUGUGAUUCUUCUGUGGACCUUUUAGGACCUCCAGAGGCCAAAAUAGUGAAUGUAACCAAAUGUAGAAAAAACAUGGACGCCAAUCUCGUCGUCGGGUAAGUCAUUCAAACCUCUAUGCCAAAAUCUGUCAUGUCGUCCAUCUUUAUGACGCCUGCUCAACUUGCGGAAUCAUUUGUAUUUAUAUGUUCUUUCUUUGUCCAUUUAUUUUCCUCUCCCCCACUUUUUUUUUAGUAGUAAAAUAUUUUACAAUGUCUCUUUUCAUUUGAAAAGACCUCAGGCAUUUAGUUGUUUUCCUUACAAAUCAAACGCAAUGUUUUUCUCCAGCAUUUUCUGUUUUCUUGCACUCUUUUUAAUGGGAUGUCUCCAUCAUUAUUUGAAUAGAACACAAACUACUCAGUGCAACAUGAUGAGGUUAGAUGUGUAUAUAUGUAUCUGUGUGUGUGUGUGUGUGUGUGUGUGUGUGUGUGUGUGUGUGUGUGUGUGUGUGUGUGUGUGUGUGUGUGUGUGUGUGUGUGUGUGUGUGUGUGUGUGUGUGUGUGUGUGUG